AAUAAACAUUCCUUCGGAGGUAUGGUUUUUGGUUGGAGGAAAGCCGCUGAGGUUCUCUCUAUAUGAAUAUGAAGAAAUUAGUGGUUUGAAUUGUGAGAAGAUUGAUGAAACAGAGUUUGAAGUCGAUCAUACACCUUUAUGGGCGGCUUUAAAGGUGAAAGCUUUUAAUGGACCCAACUGGGAGGAGCUAGUUGAGGGUUUGAGAAGCUGCCGUGGGUGGUCUGAUGAAAUGAAGACGCAGAUAGCUCGGUUGUAUCUUGUUCAUGUUGGAGUGCUUGGUUUAUCAAGGAACAGUCGGAUUCCUCUGGAAUACGCUAAAAGGGCGUUGAAUGAAGAAGCAUUUGAGAGUUUUCAAUGGGGUAGGGUUGGAUUCAAGAGUUUAGUUGAUUCCAUCAAAGUCCUUGGGUUACCUAACAAUGCUUAUACCCUCCAUGGAUGUGUCCAUGUAUUGCUGAUAUGGGCAUUUGAGAGCGUGAAGGUGCUGGGGGCUAGCUACGGGAAUGUAAGAGAAGGUGUAGAUUUGCCUCUGUUAAGGUGGAGAGGAGGGAGGCCAAGGAAGGAUAUCGAAGCCUUCAUAUCCGGGAGCAAACUCCUUAAUAAUGGGGAGCUUCAGGUGAAGCAUUUAGUACCUAAACCUUUGGAGUUCAUAUAUCCAGAUUGGCCAGGACAGUAUUGUGUGUAUGGUGUAGGAGAAGGUUUGAAGAAGAAACUGGAUAAUCUGCUGUUAGACGUGAUCAAUGGCGAAGUGGAUGAAAGAGAAUGGGAUUGUGUAAAAAAAAGGAAGGGGGAACAUACGAAGAAGAGGGAGAGGAGGCAACAUGUUGCAGGGGUAAGUGACGAUGAUUUCCUUGAAACAGCCCCAACCAGCAUCCGUAAUGUCCCCAAUAAUGCGAAGGAGCAGAAAGAAAGUGUUGGGGACAAAUGUUCAGCAGAGAAGGCGUCUGGAGAUAAGCAUUCAGGUGUGCAGGGUGAAAAUGGUAGUGGAAGGUAUGGAGAGUAG